AUGUAUGGCCUUUUAACUUAAUUGAUCUAGUAUGAUAAUUUUUUCUCAGAUGAAGGCAAAGAAAGAUAUGAAGAAACAUAAAAAGGGACGAUUUUUAGAAUUUUCAGUACAAUUUUGACCGUUUUAACAAUAUUGUUAUCUAUAAGGCAUUACUUCUUAACUUAUCUUAAUCAUAAGAAUUCAGGCAGAUUGAUAUUCAAUGUUCCAUUUUGGAAAAGUCAUUUCUUCAAGCCUUAUUAUGUUGAUGAGUUUGAAUACGAAGGAUAAAUAAUCAAAAAGUUCUCAGAGAACUAAGCAUAUUACUAGGACUAUAGUUUUUUGUGGAAUGGAUGGUGGCUAGUGAUGGUCACAAUGACAACAGUAGGAUUCGGUGAUUUUUAUCCAGUUACUUAUUUCGGCAGAACAUUCAUAUUUAUAGCUUGCUAUAUAGGAACAUUUCUAGUAUCAAUGACUAUGGUUUCUUUGAAUAAAUCAAAAGAUUUUUCAUUUAUGGAGGGGAAAUCAUUUGUAUUAUUAAAUAGGCUAACUGUUAGAAAAACUGUAAAUAGACUUGCAGGGUUAAGUGUUUUAAACUUUCUGAGAUAGUCUAGAUCAAAGAAUAAGUUUAAGAAAGAUCCAAAUAAUCCUAUCCAUUAGAGUGACAUAAUGAUGAUUGAUGAAAUUUUAGAAAGGUUAAUAGAGAGAUUUAAGAUCGAAAGAUCUGCGUUAACACCAGAAGAAGUUCCACAAGAAGAAAAAAUCAGGUUGAUUCUUGAAAAGGUUGAGGGUGAUAUUCGAAGAAUAGGAUUUGAACUAAUUGAGAAUUAAAAAUGCUAUAAUGCAAUUGAAAAACUACUUAAAACUUAGGCUGAGGCGAAAUAGUAACUUAAGGCCUAAUUAGUGAAUUUCAAGAAAUUAGAAGUGAUGAUAGGUAGAUUAGAUUUCGCAAGUAAAUUUGGAUCAUUAAAAUCAAUAUCGAUUACAAAGCAAAUAUAAGAGCAAGAAUAAGAAGUUUAAGAGAUAAAACAGGCUCAAAGAGAAAAAUCAGAAGUCUUAAAGAGAUUUAAACCGAUCAAGUAGCAUGAUAUUCAUAAAAUAAUAAGUGAAGUUUCUGAUAAUGGGGAUAAAAUGAAAGUUGGAGACAUAAAACUCAAAUUGAAUAAGAUUUAAAAUGUACUUCUAGGGCUUGAGGAAGAAGAAGAAAAAGCCUCAGAAUAUUUAAGCAAAAGUGGUUAAAAUUCUGGCAGAAACUCUUCUAAAACAAAUACGAUUGUCAAUCGACCUCUGAGAGUCCAAAGUUAAUUCUAAAUAAGAGAGCAAACUGAUGAAAGCUUUUCAGAAAAUGAUGAAGACUAUAUAGGUCAAAGGACUAUGAAAAGUUAGUAAAGUGUUGGCCUAUAAAAUACUGAGAUAAAUAGAAAUUUACUUUUGGAGUUUAGUAUGAACUCAAAGCAGAGAAAUUAGUAUAUGAUUGAUAAUAGUUCCUAAAAUAGAGGCUUCUCUUUCAGUGAACAUCCUUCUCAACAUUAAUAGAUAAACACUGAAUAUAGUGUAUCACCAAUGGGCAUAUAGAAGCUUAAGCUAAUGCCAAAUUAAAUUACAAUGGUAAAAGACGAUAACUAAUCCUAAAGAUCACUUAAUGGUUAAUAAAAAUACUUGCAACAAAUGAAAUCUUAAUAACCUUUUAUGAUAUAAUAGAAUGUUAAAAAUAAAUCCAAUCUUAAUUAAAUAAAUCAAAAGCAUUUCGAAUAAGAUUUCAUAAUAAAAAGGGAAAAUAAAUUUUCAAAGAGUUAAUCAAGAGAAACCGGAUUUUAGAGGCAAAACAUAAAACGAGGUGAAAGACCUUAAUAUAUUGAAAAGUAAUUAGAUGAAUAAAAAAAGAGACUAAAUUCUUCCACUCCUUAAAGAAGUGAGCUUUCUUAGUAUAAAAUCACCUAAAUUGGAAAUUUUGUAAAUUACUUUCAUGAAAGAUAGCAAUAAGAGAGCGAUCAAUAUGAUUAAAUGAUAAAAAGUCUUUCAAUUUAUGGUGUUCAGAAUGAAUAAAAUUAAGGUAAUCAUUAAACAAAAUUCAAAGUAAGACCAACUGCUGUGGAAUAAUAGGAAAGAUAGAAUAGUAGAUCUCCAAUAGGAGUAUUUAAUAAAGCUUUAAGAUAGUAUCUUAAGGCACCUGAAUCUUGA